AUGUUGUCAUCCACCACUGCGGAUUACACAAGAUGGCUUUCUUGGAAGAAGCUUUGGUGCCACAGCGUGUGUGAUCAUAGGCUGCAGCGGAUUACACUGAACAAGGGCUCUUUUGGGAUAGCUUGGGCGCUGCGACGAAUAUGGUCAGGAGCCGCGGCACCUCACAUAGAAGUGUACUCCUUCCUCUCUAUUAAAGCCGCCAUGGUGUUUGUUCCCAUGUGCCGCAGCAGUUGGUCUCUUUUCAGCCUCUCUACUUCUAGUCUCUAUUCCUUACUCGCUUCAGCAAACAAGUAUGGACCCUUCAUGCAUCUUCAACUUGGACAGGUUUCUCAUAUCAUAGUGUCUUCACCUGAAUAUGCCAAAGAAAUAAUGAAGACCCAUGGUCAGAUCUUCGCAAACAGACCCAGAACUCUUGCCUCUGAUAUCAUUGCCUACAACAGCACAGACAUCUUGUUUUCCCCAUGUGGAAACUAUUGGAGGCAACUUCCAAAGAUUGGUACUUUAGAGAUUUUUUCAGCAAAGAGGGUUCAAUCAUUCAGAAGGAUUAGGGAAGAGGAGGCAAUAGAACUUGUAAGGAACAUCGCUGAACAUGAAGGCUCUUUCAUAAUAAACCUUAGUAGAAAAAUAUUCACUAUCACGAAUUCGAUAAUUGCUAGAACGGCCUUUGGGAAAAAGACAAAGAAUGUAGAACACAUCUUGGAAAAUAUGGACAAAUCGAUAAAAAUGAGUUCUGGGUUAUCUAUUUGUGAUUUAUAUCCAUCGCUGAAAUUUAUCAGUGUCAUCACUGGCACGAGAGCUCGAAUGAUGAAGUUGCAAAAAAGGAGACAAGGUGAAGAUGACAUCAUUGGAGACCACAAAGAAAAGGAUAGAAAUAACGUUGGAGAUGCGGAGGAUGAUCUUUUUGAUGACGUCAUGUUUGGUGGAACUGACUCAACGGCAUCUACAGCAGAUUGGGCGAUGUCAGAAUUGCUCAAAAACCCAAAGGCUAUGAAAGAGGCACAAGAAGAGGUAAGAAGAAUUUAUGGAGGCAAAGGAUAUGUAGAUGAAUCAGAGAUUAUCAUUAAUGCUUGGACCAUUGGAAGAGAUUCCAAGGAUUGGACUGACCCAGAGAAGUUUGAACCAAAGAGAAUUCUUGAUACAAUGGUUGAAUACAACUUCAAAGUUUCAAACUUUGACUAUAUUCCAUUUGGUGCUGGAAGAAGAAUAUGUCCUGGAUCAACAUUUGCGACAUCUAUUUUAGAGUUGUUACUUUCCAAUUUACUUUGCCAUUUUAACUGGAAACUACCAAACGGCAUGAAGUUUAAGGAAUUGGACAUGGACCAGCCAUUUGGUGCCGCAGUAAGAAGACAAAAUGAUCUGAUUUUAGUUCCUAUUGGCUAUUCCCCUUGA